UGUCUUGAGAACCUGCAAAAAAAAAAAAAAACUGAAAAUUGAUUUCUGGAAAUGGGAGCAGCCUUAAGAUCAAUGUAUGCCAACAGCAAGUAUGAAGAAGUCAGAGAAGAAUGGGAGGAAGAUUACAGCCCUCAGAGAUUUUCUUACAAAGCUCUAUACAAAGCCACAAAAGGGUUCAAAGAGAGCGAGUUGCUUGGUACAGAGGCAAACGGGACAGUCUACAGGGGAAAGCUCUCGUCCAAUGCACAUAUCGCUGUGAAGCGAGUCGCACUGGAUGCAGAGCAAGAUACGAAGCACCUUGUUUCUCAGAUCGUUGGUAUUGGGAAGUUAAGGCACAAGAACCUUGUGCAGCUCUUAGGAUACUGCAGAAGAAAAGGUGAAUUACUACUGGUCUAUGAUUACAUGCCUUACGGAAACCUGGACGAUUUCUUGUUUAAUGAAGAGAAGCCUAAGCUAAGUUGGUCACAAAGGUUUCACAUCAUCAAGGGAGUGGCUUCAGCUCUUCUCUAUUUGCACGAGCAGAUCUUUCUCCACAGAGAUGUUAAAGCCGCGAAUGUACUCUUGGAUGAGGAUCUAAACGGGCGGCUAGAUUUUGGCCUGGCUAUGUUCGGCACAAACAGGAACCCUAUGCUUGGAAGCGUAGGGUACGUGGCUCCGGAGCUAAUCAUCACAGGAAUGCCAACAACCAAAGCCGAUGUGUAUUCAUUUGGGGCUUUAUUACUUGAGUUUGCAUGUGGGAGAAUGUUCAUAGAGCAUCCAGGGAAGCCUGAAGAGUUUAAUCUAAUCAGCUGGGUAUGUCACUGCUCGAAAAGAGGGAACUUGAUUGGUGCCCGAGACGCUAGACUGGAAGGAGAUUACGUCAGCAAGGAGAUAGAGAUUGUACUGAAGCUUGGGCUACUCUGUGUACAGUACAACCCAGAGGACAGGCCAAGCAUGGCACAAGUGGUGAGUUAUCUUGAAGGAAAAGAUGUUUUGCCUGAGAUGCCUCCAGACACUCCUGGGAUCAGUAUUCCCACACCAUACCACGAAGUUCUGGCCUAGCGGCAUAGUGUCUUCAUAUUCAAAGAAUGAGUGAGUCUACUUUCUUCAAACACCUUCAAAAUAUCUGCACAACCAUUGAAAGGUCUGCACUUGCUGAUUGUACUUUACUUCAUAACAACAAUUAUGGCCAGCACACGCUUGUACUGUUUUAUAUAUGAAAAAUUUAUCAUAAAAGUAUGACAAUAAUAAUAUAAUAUCAUAGUUUAUAGUUUUCCUAUAAUUCUCGUGAGCAAUUUUCUCUCAAUAACUUCUAACCUCUAAGCUAAGUUUCACUCAGCCUAAUGGUGUAUACGUUCAGAAUGUUCUAGAGUUCGGUGUAGCCCAUUUAAUCAUUCACUGUAAAAAAGAAAAGGCAAAGAUUUGGGAUAUUUUCAACAGAUUACUUAUCGAGUCAUUAUUGGGUUCACCCCCUAGGGUGAACCUCUAGGUUCACCAACCAAUAGAAUUUCAUUAUUUCAAAUUCGAUAUCUUUUAAAAAAAGAAACAAAAUAUUUUUAAAUUAUAUUAUGUUUUUAAAAUAAAAAAGUAAAAAAAAAUAAUAGUUACAGAAAAAGAAUUAAAAAAUAUAUAUAUUUUUAAUGUUGUCAGCAAAACACUAAAC